CAUUGGGGAAAUCUGAUCUUCAUUAUUUCCACGAAAAGUGCACAAAAUUUUGCGUAUUUAUUUAUUUUUUUGAACAUUUCGUUUGAUAACACAAUCUGUUUCACUUAUCCUUAUGUGAAUGUAAACAGAGUGGAUAUCAUCUUAAAUCCGCAUGCAAUGGAGGUUUUGGUGAGUAGCAAUUGUUAUUUAUUAUCGAAACUAAGAAAUGAGACAACUUUACAAAUCGAGAAGACAAUCGCCGUGAGCUGCGCCAAUGACUUGACUUUCUUCGUCCAAUGUGCCAUUAUGGAAAUUGAAAAACCGUUUAAAUGUACCACUUGUAGUUCACGCUUCACAAAUGAGGAUCAUCUCUCAGUCCAUAAACGUCGUCAUGAAAUGUCCCUCAAUCUAAAACCUGGGCAGCCUCAACAACAAUCUCUCGACAGUUAUGUGGACGAAACACCAACACCUACCAGAUUUUUUCGGAAUUGCGAAGAAGUCGGUUUGUUCCAAGAUCUUCAGAAUGUUAACCCAUUUGAUGAGUCGUUUUCAAAAGCAGCCAGCGGCAGCAGUGCAGGCACACCUUCGACAGGAGUUGUUGAUCAGUUUGAUUUUUCAAUUGCCUUGCCCACCUCUGCACUCGUGCCGGAGGGGCAGAACUCUUCUUCUUCAGAGUACAACAUGUCGUCGUCAUCUUCCACAUCCGUACGACGACGAUACUCGGACCACGACACGCUAAACACGCCCCAAGUUUUUGGCUACAUUUUAAGUACAAACACGCCAACGGCGACGAAUUUUUCUUCCACGACGACAACUGUACUUAAUCCAGUGCCAUCAACCGCUAUGACUUUCAGAACGAAUGAGGACAUUGCAAGUAAUACUCAUCAAGACGCGAAAUCAUUUUCCAAUCAGGAUAUAGAACAAAAGGUGUUUCCCAAUUCCAACACUGGCCUUAUUGGCAAGGAUCAGAAGCCAAAGACAAGUCUCAAACUUAAUUUAUCUCCGAUAACGCCAAUUCUGUCUUCUUACAAUGGGAGUGAUGAUUCAGACAAUAUCAAGCGUCAAAAAUUAAAAGGACUUCCCUUUUCAUUGGAGCCAGAAAAGAAGGCAGAAUUGCUAGAGAGAAAUAAAGCAGCAGCAGCUCGAUCAAGACAAAGACGGAAACAAUGGGUCAACAAUUUGGAAGAAAGAUGCGAAACUUUGGAAAAGCUUUUGGCCCAUGCUAAAUCCGAAUUGAUUAGGGAGCAAACAGAGAACCAAAUUCUUCGAGCCGAGCUGUCUAAACAUGGAAAUUGUUCUGUCACAAGGAGUCAAAAUUUUGAGGAGAUGCAAGUACAAACACAUGGAAUUCAAAUAGUUCUAGUCCCUAAAUCUACUACACAACCGAAUAUUUUAAGACAAACGUCGCAACCAAGUAUUAUUACUGCUAAUGAUAUUACGCACGUUAUUAAUCAAUCCGGAGAGAGUUUAACCACUUGGCCGAGUUUACCAAAACCCAGAGUUCUUGGGAAAAGGGGGAGACCCAGGAAAGGGCAAGAACGGAAGCCACCAGGGAUGCAACUUUCUUCUGCUACUACAGAUACGACUUUAACACCCACAACAAAACUUCCCAUACUUCCUGUCACUUCAGUUAUCGUGGACAGAAUUCCUGACGAAUGAUUGAUUGAAAAUAUUGUGCUUUAAAAGCAUAGAAUUAAAGUCAAUUGUCUGUUUUAUACGUAUUUAAAAAGGAAACUCUUGUUGCGUUUACUUUAUCUACAAACUAUAUUUUUUCUUCCUAGUAACUGGUCUGUCUCCUUUGUUUAGCCGCCUUUGUUUCGGUGUGAAUAAUUUCACUUGAUAUUUUAGAGCCUUUACAAUCUACUUAUUCCAACAAAACCGUAAAUCAAAUAUUGCUGGAGAGUUUAAAACGGUAUACAAAGUUUUAUUUUAAGGUGCACUAUAAAUACAUAUUUAUAACUAUUUAUUAUAGAAAGUAUUUUUAGGUAUAUGAUGUUAGCACAAAUACUUAUAUAAUCUGAAUCGUGCCACUAUUUGCUAUUUCAAAUAUUUUAAAUAUAUUGUCUGCCCCUGCUGA